GACGUCGGUGAAAGCGGGAGAUGUUUCUCAGUUCUUUGGGAGUCAUUCAAAGAGUGAGUCGGUGGAACGUCAUCAUCCCUACUGCAAGUGUCACGUGGGUUUUUUUCCUUCCCUUUUUAUUAUUAUUAUUCCUAUCGGAAGAGAUAAAAACCACAGAUGAAGAACGAGAACUAAGUAUGCUACUAUGACACCUGUUCGAUUACGUCAGUGGUUGACACUGUUCUUGUUGACCGCUACUGCAUCCAGUGAAGUACACCGAACUCGGUACUCAUCUAAGAAGUACGAUUUCGUGUGCACACGCGUCUUGCAAGACGGCGAGUUAGAAAUUCGAAUUCAGCGUGGUCACGUCUCGGCCAUCGAAACAACUGUCGAAUUAGCCACUGAAGAAUACACCACUGAAUCCCCAGACGAUUUCUCCACCCUUUCGAACAUUCACCAAGUCCUCACUCUGCUUCAGGUGACCGAUGGUCGACACUUCAUCCAGUUGAUCUAUGAUUCUGGCUGGGAUUUGAGAGAUUGCGAAUACAUCAAAUCGGGAAAGUCAGUGGAUGAGUUUUACAAUUAUUUUGCCACCGACACCAGCUGCCCCCAACAAACCUUGAAUGCAUCCAUCGUCCGAGAUGAUAGCUUCUUGCUCUCUAAGCCCGACGUCACGGAUUACAAUUCUUUGCGGAAACAAUGUAAGGGACUGCACAAACAAAUACGGCAGAUGGCCAAGCAUGGAGACCAUCCUGGCCUGCAGAGAUUGAAACGUGAUCUCUUCCUGUAUCCAGGCACCAAUUGGUGCGGAAGUGGCAGCAAUGCGAGGAAAUUCAACGAGCUGGGCUACAACGCUGCGGCCGAUCGCUGCUGCAGAGAUCACGAUCACUGCCCUUACACAAUCGAGGGAUUCACAAGGAAGUUCAACUUCUUUAAUUUCAGGUUUCAUACCAUAAGUCAUUGCGACUGUGAUGAAAGGUUCCGAGCUUGUCUUAAGCUGUCGGGUACAGCGGCUGGCAACAUGGUGGGCAAACUUUUCUUCAACGUCGUGCAGACAAAGUGCUUCCUUUUCAAGCAUGUCCAGAAGUGUGCCAAGAGAUCCUGGUGGGGCAAGUGUCUGAAGCACGACAAGGAGAAGACAGCCGUACUCAGAGACGCUCUCAAAUACUGAUGAUUGUUUCCUACUCCCAACCAUUGAGUACUCUCUCCGGGAAUACAAUCCAUCCUGUGUUUUAGACACUAUUUCAUUCUCUCGUUGCACAAAUCUCGUAGUCUCGGAAAUGAGAGAGGCAAAAUAUUCCUUACGUGUAGAUAUAAUGUGAUUCUCUGAAUCCAUAUUUCAAAAAUGGCGCAACCAUCAAUGUUCUGUGAAUAUACCUCAAACCAACUUUAGCUCUACGUCGGACGCACGUGAUUUACCAUAUAAAAGAAAAGUUUAUGGUAAGAAAAUGAUAAGACACAUACUUUUACCUAUAUGUUUUACUAUCUUGGUUUAGGCCAGUGUAACAAAAGCCACUGCGAAAAUAAUUCACUUAAUUACUUAAAGAUGACACCACACGCUCAGUGCAAAAUGGCAAGACAUUUCAAAAUGGCCACAACAACUAAACCCUAAGGUAAAUAAUUUACCUAAUUAUAAUAGUUUUAAACUAAUCAACAGUGAAACCGUAUAGAUAACUUCUAUAAUAUAGCAAACAUGCAUAAUAAUAAUUCGAAAACAAUACGUUUAACAAAAGAUACUGUUUCAACUGGGUCCUAAAGUAUUAAAUAGAUGAUGAAUACAAUUUCAUGCAUAUAUUUUUCUUGAAUAUGUCAGGAAGAAUAACGAAAAUAAGAAGAAACAUCAAUAAAUAUAUUUACCAACUUCUUCAAUUUUUCAAAACUUAGAAACACACUAUCUUUUACUUUUAAGUUUAGCAUACCACUUUUUGUGGCUUAUCAUUGUUUUAUAAGUUCAUCCGGACUUUUAUUUAGAAAAUAUUAAAAAUACUAAAAAUCAUUCUUAUUCUUAAAAUCCAAGGAAAUACAAUUUUAUAUAGCUAAAAAGCAACUUGCCUCAGUGGGAUCAGGGUGGUAAACUUAGUGCCGGAUAUAUUCGUCAGAUGGCAGAACUGUAUCUUUUAAUAAAUUUCAUAAGUAUUACAAUUAUUAUCCUUUUCUACCUCUACCCAUCAUGUAUUUCCAUAAAAAUUCGAGUAAUACUUUUAUGGAUGGUCUAUCGAUUGUAAGCAAUAACAAGCUUCCUAAAACCAAAACAAAUUAAGAAAACUUCCGGUGUAUCACUCCUCAGCUUAUGUUGUGCUUACGAGGCGAUGAGUUAAUAUUCUAGUGAGUUUCAUGUUUAAAUUUACGCUUAAUUUUACCAUUCAUAAGAGUUUUAUGUCAUUUCUAACAGGUCGCGCGCCUGAAACAGAAUUAAUACCACAGCAGAAAAGAAGGUUAGGUUAAGCCAUGUUAUCCUUCGUUUGGCUAUAUUUGUGUAAAAUAGCGUUUU